AUGGUCCUCUCCACGAGCGACCGGCGGAUGUUCAUCAACGGCGAGCCGAAACCCGAGCGUCCGCGCGUCCCCGCGACGACGCGCGCGGGCGCGACGCUCCCGAAGAGGACGUCGUCCUCCGUCGCGGCGGCGAAGAAGAAACCCGCGCCGCCGCCGCCCGAGCCGCCCGAGUUCGACGCGUCGUGGCCGAAGAUGCCGUCGGAGAUGCCCCCGGCGGAGAAACCCACGGAGCCGCUCCGCGAGCGCGACGACCAUCGCACCACGCGCGACUGGGCGAUCAUGUCUCGGUUCGAGCGCGAGGUGCACGCGCGGCAAGAGGCGGAGGUCAAGGAGGAGAAACGCCGCGCGACGAUCGAACAGAAGGCGUACCUCGACUCGCAGAUCGAGAUCCAACGCCUGCGCGUUGAAAAGGCGAGGGAGGAGAAGAAGCGGCUCGCGGAGGCGGUCGCCGCGGACGUCGCCAAGUACAAGCAAGAGGAGCUCGUCAAGGAGCGACGCCGCCGAGCGUUCGAAGCCGAGGUGAAGGCUGAGCAAGACCGGAUGAUGGCCGAGCUGGAGGAGAAGCGCCGUGCGGCGGUCGCGGCGAAGAAGGCGGAGGAGGACCGCGCGCUGCGAGAGAUUCAGGAGCAGCUCGAGUCGGAGGCGAUGGCGAAGGCGAAGAAGAUCGAGGACGCCAAGACGGCGUACGCGCGAACGAUGCGUUUCAACGAGGAGCAAAAGCUAAUCAAGCUCGCGGAGCAAAAACGCGUCGCGGAGGAGGAGCUUCGCGUCGCCGCGCAGUACGACGAGAUGCUCGAGGCGCAGGAGCGCGCGCGAGAGCAGGCGAUGGCGGACUUCCACGCGCGGAUAGCCGCGCGCGCGGGCAAGGCUGGCGAGAAGGUGGCGGAGCAGAGCGCGGCGAAGGAGGCGGAGGAGCACGCGAGGAUGCUCAAGUUUCACGAGGAACGCGAGGACGCGAUGCGCGCCAAGGAAAACGCCGUCAAGGCGAAGAAGGCGGACGCGACCGCGAAGCAGCUCGAGAUGUUGUCGCUUCAGCUCGACUUGCAGCGCGAGGAGAAGGAGAAGAUCAAGGCGGACGCGAUGAGAUACGCGGAGGAGAUGAAGGAGAGAGAGGCGAAGUUGAAGGCAGAGGACGAAGAGAAGAAGACGGCGCGGCGACGCGCGGCGGUGAUGAACCGCCUGGAGCUCGAGCGGCAGAUGACGGAGAAGCUCGACCGGAGGAUCGCGGAGCACGACGAUAACAUGAACGAGGAGGAGCUGCGGUUCAACAGCGCUAUCUUAGACCAAGCGAAGGCGGUCGUGCUCGAGCGCGAAGAGUUCUGA